UCUCUUCUAUACUGACACUGCCGACAGUACGUGCUCGUCUUCUUGACACGGCAAAACAGAACAAAAAAACCUACGACUACCUUUGGAUCGUACGCAGCUGUUGCUUUCAGGCAACACUUCUCCUCAGGACCACCCGCGUACACUCUCAACCGAUCAAAUGGACUCAUCAAACAUGUACUCCCAGCCCCGCCCGGCAAAACGAAUGGCCUACGAGGACAUUCGAUGCAAUGGCUUCAGCUCACCAGCAUCAUCGGUCAUAUCCAACGAACCAUGGCUGUCGGCCGUUGACACUGCUGGAUCACCGUACGAGCCUAUCCCACGGGUCAGCUAUAUGAACAGUCCUUCUCGCUACCAUGACGGCGUAGAUGCCAAAACAGAGCUUCUCCCGUCAACACCAGGUCUGCACAUGCCCGCAAAUGCCUACGUGACCUCGCAUCCCUCGGCAAACCCAGCUCCCUUGAACCCGCGGAUGGACUCGGCCCAUCCAUCUAACAACCAAGCCAUACAACCAAGAGUCGAGCCGUUGCCUCGUCAAGCUACCCUUCCUCCCACACCUUCCCCUUCGCGGUCAACUCUGCGGACAAAGUCCCGUGGCACCCGUUCUGCUGAGCAGAAGCUCGAGCCGACCUGGAAGGGCUUCAUUGGAUCGACGUACGAGGCCUUGCAACUAUUGGAAGGCUGUCUCCAAGGCAAGCUUCGGCACAUGCCCCGCCGUGCGUACGACCGCGAGCGCGAAGAUGUGAUCCGCAGCGGACACGUUUUCGUGUUUGAGGAGAACGCGUCCGGCAUCAAGCGCUGGACAGACGGUGUCUCAUGGAGUCCGAGUCGACUAUUGCCCAACUUCCUCAUCUACCGCGAGGUGGAGGAGAAGGAUCACAAGCCUGGUGAGAAGAAGAAGGCGAUCAAGAAGCGCAAGCGAUCAGACGACGACGGCGUGGACGAGUACGAUGAAGUGAGCGGCGACCAGGCUGCCCCAGUACUCAACCCCAACGACAUUGCCCUUACGAUACCCGAGCCUGAGCGUCGACGUCUCUGCGGAUCGUUGACGGACUCUUACAACUUCAAGAGCGACGGACUGGUCAAGAAGACGAUCAGUGUGGAGUACAAGGGCAAUGUGCACCACAUUAUUGCGUACUACAAGCUGGAAGACGUCCUCUUCGGCAAACUCGCACGCAUGAGCGAGGAUGCAAAGUUUGGCGAGAUCCAGCCUCGCUUUGAUCUCCUGAACAUGCAAAAGUUCCAAAACAACCCCGACAACCCGAUGGAUGACCCGAUCCGGUUCCAGCACCAUAUGCGCCACGCGGAUAUGCAAGCGCACCAUUGGCCACAGUAUUCUCCGAGUCAUCAAAGCAUGCAGCCGCUGCAAGCACCCCCGCCGCUACACUACUACCCAGUGGGGCAGACACCUGUCGCGCAAGACGGCUUCUGGACACCAACUGGCGGCCACUGGUCUCAGCAAACGCCAAUGAUACAGACCUUUACCCCCAUGGCGACUGGGUCACCGUUUGGCGGUGCUCGAGCGGACAUUGGCAGCCACAACGGUGGCGGCCUGACACCGCUGUCGUACUCGGCAGGCCACAUGAGCCAAUACCAGCCUGCAUUCAGUCAGAUGAUGGCCGGUAACUACAGCGACGGCUACCUGCCAUCAUAACCGGCAUGAGGGGCCCAUGAGGGCGUCGUGUGUUGUGGACGAGUGAUGUAUAUGAUGUACGACAGGCGCAACUGUAUUAUAUGUUUUUUUCUGCAAAAAAGCCGAGGUUUACGAGCACUAC